AUGGAGCCAACUGAACAAAAACUCGGAAUCAAAGUCUAUAAUGCAACCCCACCACCACCACCACAACCAAAUCCUUCCGGCCUGGUUCCACUUACUACCAUACCAGAUCCAGGCCGGAAGAAUAAGCGUGCGAUCAUGGCAAAGGGUGUCCAAAAGACAAUUUCCAAGACCUCAUUGCUAGGGAACUUCCUACCAACAGGAACACUCCUCACUUUUGAGAUGGUCCUUCCAUCAAUCUACAAGAAUGGCCAGUGCACUCAAGUCCACACAUUGAUGAUCCACACCCUCCUAAUUCUAUGUUCACUCUCAUGCUUCUUCUUUCACUUCACUGACAGUUUUCAUGGCCCUGAUGGAACCGUUUACUACGGUUUCAUCACCCCUAAAGGGUUGUCGGUGUUCAAACCAGGGAUUCCAGUGGAAGUUCCAAAGGAUGAUAAGUACAGAGUUUCCUUCACUGACUUUGUUCACGCGUUCAUGUCGGUGUUGGUGUUCGUGGCAAUUGCUUUCUCUGAUCAUAGGCUUACUAACUGUCUAUUCCCGGGGCACAAGGAUGACAUGGAUCAAGCCAUGGAGAGUUUUCCAUUGAUGGUGGGAGUAGUUUGCAGUGGUUUGUUUCUUGUGUUUCCUAAUUCCAGACGUGGAAUUGGAUGCAUGUCUGCAUGAUAUUAACAUGUAAGCUUGUUGGUUUGUUAAUAAUUUGUUUGU